AUGCCACGGGUCUCGUCUUUUCUCUGUACAGCGACCAGUCCUCGCCGUGCGGCCUGCGGGGAGGGCGGCUCCACGAGAACCAUUUCCCAUGCCGCCAUGACCGAUCCGGCGUGGCCGCCAAAAUCUCCCCGCGAUGCUCUCCUUAGCUCGCCAGGGGGACGAAGGAAAUAUGAGGAUUUGAAUCAGCGCCGAAAAUUACUCUCAUCGCCCCUCAAACGAUCCAACACGACUCCUGGCCUUCGAACAAAAGCACAGCACAUUCUUGAUGAAGACAUGGCGGCGGAGGAUAGCGAAGAAGAUGACGAGGAGACACUACAAUUAAAGCUGGCUGAAAUUCAGGCUCGACUCAAGCUGAAACAACUACAAAAGACCCGCACGAGAUCCGCAACCACCAGUUCAAGUACCGAAGACGGAGAAUCCAGAUCAUCGCGCCCUUCGUCUGCGACUGUCCAGUCAGAAAACCCGGCCCAUUUUUUGCCGCCCAAGAGCCCCCGUGCGUUGUUGCGAAACGCGCCAAGUGAUGAAGUUCAGGUCCCUCUUUCGCCCACGAGGCGACAAGAGCCUUCUCGAGCUCCCUGGUCUCCCCAGAGAUGCAAAAUGGGUAUUGACAAGGGAUGGACGGCCGCCGAUGUUUCUCUCAAACGAGCACCACGGCCAACGAGCCAACUUGGAACACGAAGCGCUGGCGCGAUGCGAUCGAGCGACGUCUUGUCCGCCAGACCCCAAACGUCCCCAAGUAGUGGAGGAUUGAGCAGGAUCAAGAGUUUUAGCGAGCGAAUGGCGGAAGGCCGCGCCGCGGAAAAGCUUCGAGCAGAGAAAGCGGAGAAGGCAGAAAGAAUCAAAGCAAGUCGAAGCACCGGAUUUCAACUCAAUCAAGCAGAGAUCGAAGCAUUUAAAAGCGCCGCGGCGAAGGAAACCCCGUCAAUCCCCGGCUCCAGCAGACACGAGCCGCAGGCGCCGAAUUUCACUCGUGAGGACAUUCUGAAAUCGGUAACCUCAUCUCGCACAGGGGUUUUGAAGCGCAGUCAAACAACACCGAGCAUGAGAAGCGACAACAGCCACUCUUUCACAGCCAGGGUCUCCGAUGACGCUGCUCGGCCUGAGAGCAAACCCGAUUCAUCAAAGUUCGAAUCUUAUUCUGGACUGCACUUGUCCAAUCGCAUUCUUCCGCAUUCAUUUUUGAGUCGCAGCUUGGCGGAUAAGCACACCCUGAAAAUCCCCGACCUUCUCAAAACAGUGAAGGCUCCAGCAUUUGAGUUGCCGGAGACCAUUGACGGGGAUUUUGUUGUCUUUGGGAUUGUCGCAUCAAAGUCUGAUACGAAACAAACUAAAGAUUCCGGCAAGGCCACGUCGAAGUCGGUCGACCCUUUCGACGACGGAACUAACAAUACCAACAGCUACAUGGUCAUGACCUUGACAGAUCUACAGUGGACGGUUGAUUUGUUCCUAUUUGAUACGGCAUUUCCUCGGUACUACAAGAUAUCGGAAGGAACCCUUGUCGCAAUCUUGAAUCCCACCAUUAUGCCCCCGCCCAAGCAUAAGCUUGACACCAAUCGCUUCAGUCUUUGUCUUUCCUCCUCGGAUGACAAGGUGCUCGAAAUUGGAAAGGCUCAGGAUAUCGGCUUCUGUAAAUCAGUGAGGAAAGACGGCAAAAUAUGCCAAUCGUGGGUGGACAGUCGCAAGACUGAGUUCUGCGACUUCCACGUGGAUCUUCAAGUUCGCCGCACGCAAGGCGCACGUUCCGGAGUCAACAGCGGCACGGGCAUGUUUGGCGGCGGUGGUAAAUCGGGUGCCCGUACGGGUGUUUGGCAAGAAAAUAAAGGACGCGGCCGAGGAUCACGAUCGGGGGGCUCGGAUUCUUCCUACAGAUCCGACGGAAAGCUCAAGGCAGAAGGUGCACAGUACCAUAUGGGCACACAAUCUGUCUACUACGUUGCUCCUGGUCCACGCAAUGGAGGAGCUAAUCGCUCAUCGUACAACCCUGCGGCAGUCCAUUCGACCGCAAGCUUGCUCGACGCCAGCGAUGACCCCUUUAUUGCGGCCGGAAUGAUGGGUCGCGGGAUGGAGAACAAGGAAGAACGAAUGAGGCGACGCUUGGCAGCUCAGCAGCGUGAACUUGAGAUUACUCGAAAACUUGUAUCUGGCCGUUCUGGCGGAGUGGGUGCAGAAUACCUUCGGACUCGCACUGCGAACGAGCCUCAGUCAGAGCGAGAUAAAAAGCAAAACGAGCCCGGUCCUCCUUCCACGCCCAGCAAGGAUCGGUCGAGCCAGGCUUUGAAUUUUGUCACAUACGGCAAAGCAAACAAUGUCCGUCUCAGUCCCAUGAAGCGAGCGCAUGAUGGCGACAAGCCACACGGCAGUGGUGUGAAAAAGACUCGCUUUCUCACAUCAAAAGGCAUCAGGGAGGCCGGUCGAGAGAGUCUGGGAGGCGAUGCAACUCCUGCUCGAAGGGUUCUUUCGGAUGAUGAUGACGAAGAUGAUCUAGAAUUAGUUUGA